AUGGUUUUGAAAGAAGGCUGGGCGCUUCUCUACCAACAGUUCACGGCGUUGUUCAGGAAGAAUCUAUUGCUUUCAUGGAGGAACAAGAGAGCCACGUGUCUUCAACUCUUCUCUUCAUUCGUCUUUAUCCUUCUCAUAUUUUGUAUAGAGGAAGCCAUGAAGGCAAGCGAAGCAUCCUCAACAGCGUACAAGAAUGUCACUGAUCCUACGCUGUUGGUUUCCCCGCCGAUUCUUCCUUGUGAGGAAAAGUUCUUUGUGAAGCUCCCUUGCUAUGACUUCGUGUGGAGUGGGAACCAUAGUCGCCGCCUGGCUGAUAUCGCCUCUGCUAUUAUGGCUAACAAUCCAGGGAGACCAAUUCCAACCAACAAGGUUCAAUCUUUCAAGGAUCCUAAGGAGGUGGAUGCGUGGCUUCUUUCACAUCCGUUGCAAGUUCCCGGAGCUUUGCAUUUUGUGGAAAGGAAUGCUACAGUAAUCAGCUAUGGUAUUCAAACAAAUUCUUCCGCGGAGAGAAAACGUGGUCAGACUGAAGAUCCAACGUUUAAAUUCCUUGUUCCUCUUCAAGUUGCUGCAGAGCGCGAAAUCGCAAGAUCCUUGAUUGGAGAUCCAAAGUUUAGUUGGGGUUUUGGAUUUAAGGAAUUUGCGCGUCCAGCGCUUGCGGGUGAAAGUAUCUCUGCACUCUCAGGCAUGGGACCAUUGUUCUUUCUUGCUUUCUCCAUGUUUGGUUUUGUUCUCCAGCUUGGUUCUCUGGUUACCGAGAAAGAGCUAAAACUUCGGCAGGCAAUGACAAUGAUGGGUGUUUAUGAUUCUGCAUACUGGCUGUCAUGGCUAGCAUGGGAAGGAAUCCUUACCUUUGUCUCCUCUCUUUUCUUGGUCCUCUCUGGAAUGAUGUUCCGCUUUGACUUUUUCUUGAAGAACAGUUUUGCUCUUGUCUUCCUACUUUUUUUGCUUUUUCAGUUGAAUAUGAUUGGCCUAGCGUUCGUGCUCUCAUCUUUCAUUACCAAAUCAUCUUCGGCAACAACUGUUGGUUUUCUUGUUUUUCUAGUUGGUUUUAUCACACAGAUUGUAUCAGCUACUGGAUUCCCUUAUUCCAGCAUAUAUGCAGCUUCUCGCCGGGUCAUGUGGUCUCUUUUUCCACCCAACACUUUUUUUGAGGGUCUUAAGCUUCUUCUUGAUGCAACUUCCACUCCCACAAGCUCUGGAAUUAGCUGGAGUAAAAGAGCCGUAUGUAAAGGGAACCAAGAAACUUGUGUAAUUUCUAUUAACAUUGUAUUCCAAUGGCUCCUUGGGACAUUCCUAUUAUGGUUUGGUCUGGCUAUCUAUUUUGACAAUAUAAUUCCCAACGCGUCUGGUGUAAGAAAACCAAUCUUCUACUUUUUAACACCUGGUUAUUGGACUGGCAAAGGAGGCAACAAAGUGGAAGAAGGUAGCAUUUUUAGCUGUAUUGGUUCAGUUCCACCCGUGGAGCAUACUACGCCAGAGGACAAAGAUGUGCUUGAAGAAGAGACGGAAGUUAAACAACAAGCCAUGGAUGGAAUAGUUGAUCCUAACAUUGCAGUUCAGAUUCAUGGUCUUGCAAAGACAUAUCCUGGAACAACCAAGCUUGGAUGCUGCAAAUGCAUGAAAACUUCGCCUUUUCAUGCUGUAAAG